AUCCUGGUGACAAGAAAUAGAGGUGACCUCCGAUCAGCUUGGCGAGUUUCAGAGUGCAUUUUGCAGGACGAAGACUUCAAAAUGGCCGAGCCUAUUCGUGUUCUGGUGACCGGUGCUGCCGGGCAGAUCGCUUACUCUCUGCUGUACGGCAUCGCCAAGGGAGACGUGUUCGGCAAGGAUCAGACUAUCGUUCUGAUCCUGCUGGACAUCCCUCCCAUGUUGCCCGUCCUGGAGGGUGUGGUCAUGGAGCUGCAGGAUUGCGCCCUCCCACUUCUGAAGGAGGUCAUCCCCACAGAUAAGGUGGAGGUGGCAUUUAAAGACCUGGACGCUGCCAUCCUGGUGGGCUCCAUGCCCAGGAAGGAGGGAAUGGAGAGGAAGGACCUGCUCAAGGCCAACGUUGCCAUCUUCAAGUCUCAGGGUGCGGCGCUGGACAAAUACGCCAAGAAGACCGUCAAGGUUCUGGUGGUGGGCAACCCGGCCAACACGAACUGCCUGAUUGCGGCUAAAUCCGCACCCUCCAUUCCGAAGGAGAACUUCUCCUGCUUGACCCGCCUGGAUCAUAACCGCGCCCGCUCUCAGGUGGCGAUGCGCUGCGGCGUCUCGGCCAACAGCGUGAAGAACGUGAUCAUCUGGGGCAACCACUCGUCCACCCAGUACCCCGACGUCCACCACUGCAAGGUCAACGUGGGGGGGAAAGAAGUGGCCGCCUACGACGCCGUGAAGGACGACGCCUGGCUGAAAGGAGACUUCAUCUCUACGGUGCAGCAGCGUGGAGCAGCGGUCAUCAAGGCCCGUAAGCUCUCCAGCGCCAUGUCCGCUGCCAAAGCCAUCUGCGACCACAUGAGGGACAUCUGGACCGGCACUGCCGAGGGCGAGUUCGUGUCCAUGGGUGUGUACUCGACUGGAAACUCGUACGGCGUACCCGAGGACCUCAUCUACUCAUUCCCCGUCAACAUCAAGGAUAAAACCUGGAAGAUCGCGGGCGGCCUGUCCGUCAACGACUUCUCCCGGGCCAAGAUGGACGCCACUGCCGCCGAGCUGGUGGAGGAGCGAGACAUGGCCACCGCCUUCCUGAGCGUGUGACUAAAUCACGCACCGAAAACACGCCUUCACCCAGACGCCCGUCUGUGAGACGCCCCAAAAGCACUCCGCUGUCCCGUUUCCACACCUUUAUCAAAGUAUUUAGAUAUAUCAUAGUCCAAAUGUGUAGGUCAUAACGUAAGAGUCUGGAGAUCCACCGGAUUGUAGAAUUCUAGUGAACCAAGGCCUGAAGAUUCUAGAAUUCGGGUUCCAGCUUCCAGAAUUUAGACUUGGACUCCUGUAGGAUUCUAGAAUUUGUGUUUGGGGAAUGUGGCCGCUGGGUUCUAGAGUUCGAACAGGAUUCUAGAUUGCUUCCUUUCUCGUGCCUGCACCCUCCUGUCCUGGGUGAGAUCAUGCAGAAAUGCGACAGAGCCGAGGAGAGGCGGUACCCCCCCGAAUGAAAUAGGUCAUAUAACUGAAGUAGAAUCUCUCUGGAUGUGUUUUUUUUCCCUCAUCGUUCAGCCUAUGAAAGGAAAUCUAAGUUGUUACAAAGCUAGUAAGUGUUUCACAUCAAGUAAUCUCUUCAUAAUUCCCAAGAUGCACUAGCUGUCACGUUACUGUACCAAAUUACUGUCAUCAAUAAAUCAAUAUUAAAUCUC